ACGAUCCGUCCGUUAUUCUUUACCAGUCGAUUGAAGGCGUCGGUGUGUAGUAGUUUAUUACUGUUGUGUUCGUAAUAUAGCGUGUCAAUUAUGGCGUUUUGAUAGUAAAUCAUUUCCUCUUAAUAUCAAGUGUGACUCUGCGGACAUUGUUGAAUUUAGGAGUACCUCCUUUUUUGAGUUAUAAGCAGUUGAAGGAAUCUCCACAACUCUACAAUCCAAUUAAUCCUACCCUCAUUUAAAAUAAUGGGAGUAUCAGAACCAAACUGCUCCUCAACUCCCGACCUUCCCCCUCACGACCCGGAGCGACCCGGUUCAGGCAGCGGCAUGGAUGACGAGGACAUUCCCAGAAGGAAGCAGAGGCGGUAUAGGACCACCUUCACUAGCUACCAGCUCGACGAACUGGAGAAGGCUUUUGGGAGGACGCAUUAUCCUGAUGUAUUUACCAGGGAGGAGUUAGCUUUAAAAAUUGGCCUCACAGAAGCAAGAAUACAGGUGUGGUUCCAAAACCGGCGGGCGAAAUGGCGUAAGCAGGAGAAGGUGGGGCCCCAUGCACAUCCGUAUAGCGGAUACUUAAGCAGCGGGCAACCAUUACCGACUACAUCUAUGCCAGUUCCACCGCAUUCGUUCAGUCAGCUCGGAUUUGGAUUGAGAAAGCCUUUUGACAACGCUCUAGCGUCUUUCAGGUACGCCAACAGUCCCCUGUUUGGAGCACAGUACCUUCCGCCGCUUUCUCGUCCUCCACUUUUCGGGGCUCCACUAUACGCUACAUCGCCCGCUCAUUUCCACUCUCUGUUCGCCAAUCUAACCGUACCCGAACUACCUCGAAUCUCACCUGAACAAUCACGAUUGUCACCCGAAGUAACUCGAUCGCCAGCACCGUCGAUCUCCCCUCCAAUAUCACCAGGCAGCGAGACUUUACCCCCAUCUGAAGAUGUUAGGAGUUCCAGCAUAGCAGCAUUAAGACUAGCUGCUAGAGAACACGAACUCAGAUUAGAAUUGUUGCGACAGCGAGCGGAUUUAAUUUGUCAAUAGUAAAUUUGCAUAUAUCUAGAAUUUUAAAUGCUCCGUUUGCUAUGCAUCGAAGAUUGUGAAAAUGGUUGUAUUGAAACUUUGAUUUUGUAUUCAUUUAAUUUUUACAUUUUAAAGAAGGUUUGCGAUUUCUGACAAAAACCUUCCCGUUUGUUUGACUUCAUUUUGAUUUUGUUUUUCGUUUUAUUUCGUUAGCUAAGUUCACAGAGUUAAUUUUAUUACUAGUGAAGUUUUUGUGAUUAUAGUUUUAUGCAAUAAUAGUAAUAUUAACAAGUAUUUUUUCAAUGCAGUAUACAACCAAGUAAAAAAUAAAUUCUAUUAUCUAAAUAAAAUAUAAAAGUUAUACUAUUAUUUUUUAAUUAACAUCCGCAUAUUAUUAUUAUUGUACAAAAAACAAUUUAUCAUUAAACUUCAAUGCAUACAUACUUAUCAAAAUAAUUUUAUGUACAUUUAAUUAAUUAUGUUUAGUGAAAGGGAAUAUUAUUUUUAUUAAUAAAAAGACUUAAACGCAAUCAGUAUAAUUAUAAGUUCUUUUACAAUUAUUAUUAUUAUAUUAUAUUAUUCAUAAGUAUUUCUUCAAUGAUUCCUAUAAAAUAAUUGUUAAUAUUUAUGAUAUAGUUAAUUACAAACGCGUCUAUUGUUUUAAUGUAAAUCCCGUCCAAUGUAAAAUAUGUUAGUUGUUGUAUGAAUAAAAUAAUUUUAAUAUAAA